AUGUCGCAGAAAUCGGCGAAAGGUGCUGGUGGUGGGGCAAAGGCAGCUCCAAAGGGGAAGAAAGCUGCUGCAUCAGGGAAGAAAGUCGCUAGAUUAGAGGACGAGAGGGAGGAGACUUUGCAAGCGGUGAUACUUGCUGAUUCGUUUGAGACGAGAUUCAAUCCGUUCACAUUAGAGACGCCACGAUGUCUCUUACCUCUGGCGAACACGCCUUUGAUCGAAUACACCCUUGAAUUCCUGGCAAUGUCUGGAGUCGCCGAUAUAUAUGUAUACUGCGGGGCACACACAGCCGAAGUAGAGAAGUACUUGCAACAAUCGAAGUGGUAUCCGCCAACCUCAUCUGCUUCGCCAUUCAACUCCUUAGAAAUUGUGAAAACGACGGCAAAAUCAGUCGGAGAUGCGUUGCGAGACUUGGACGCAAGAGAUCUUAUUACCGGCGACUUUCUGCUCGUGCAUGGAGAUUUGGUGUCAAAUUUACCAAUAGAUGGCGCACUAGCUGCUCAUCGAAAGAGAAGGUUAGCAGAUAAAAACGCGAUUAUGACAAUGAUUUUGCGCGACGGGGGCUUGCAUGGACAUCGAGGGAAGUCAAAUGGAAUUACACCGGUCUUCGUAGUGGACCCCACGAAAGACCGCUGCAUACAUUAUGAGGAGAUGCAUGCUCUUCAAGCUAAUAAAUAUGUUAAUAUCGACCCUGAUCUGCUAAACGAGCACUCAGAAAUUGACAUCAGGACGGAUCUGAUUGAUUGCGGCAUCGAUAUUUGCACACCUGAUGUCCUCGCUUUAUGGGCCGAGUCAUUUGAUUACGAAGUUCCACGGCGGCAUUUCCUGCAUGGGGUGCUGAAAGAUUAUGAAUUGAAUGGCAAGACAAUACAUACAGAAAUCGUGGGAGAUCAUUACGCAGCCAGAGUCUUCAAUCUACAAUCGUAUGAAUCAGUCAGUAAAGAUGUUCUUGCGAGAUGGACAUAUCCUCUGGUUCCAGACAGUAAUCUGCUGGACAACCAAAGCUAUAAAUAUGAAAGCGGUGGGCUCUGUAAAGAGAAUGGGGUUAUUUUGGCUAGGACAUGUAAAGCUGGAAAGAGGACUGUUCUUGGAAGAGAUACCAGUAUUGGGGAUGGAAGUCGGGUCGUGGACAGCAUUAUUGGAAGAAGAUGCGUUAUUGGGAAAAACGUCAGUAUUAAAGAUGCUUACAUAUGGGACGACGUAUCAAUAGGCGACGGCACCAUCAUCGAGAGGGCUAUUAUCGCCAAUGAAGCGGUCAUUGGCAAGGACUGUCAUCUGGAACCCGGAUCAUUGAUUUCGUACAACGUCAAGAUAUCAAAUGGCACCAAUGUACGGGCUGGGACACGCCUUACAAGGGGUAAUCGGAAACAAGAAGACGGAACAAAGAGUGAUGCACCGUCAGAUCCGUCACUGGUCGGCCAAGGAGGAUUUGGCCAUGCUUUCGAAGAUCCAGACGAGUUCUCAGACGAUGAAUCGUCUGCCUUCCAUUCAAACAUGGUUUACUCAACCGCCCAUCUUAACAUAUCAUCCGAAUCCAUCUCAACCGUCUCUUCUGAGAUAAGUACCUCAUCACCUACGACCUCCCGUUCUCGAUUAUCCAGCUUUGCAUCCGACGAUGCCGAUGGUGGAAACAACGAAAACUUUCACCAUGAUGCUGUGGAAGGCCUCCUCGGUACUCUGCGAGAGAACGGCGACUUUGAUUCGGCAAAGCUCGAGUUCAUGGGUCUUCGUCUCAGUAAUAACGCAACAGAUCAACAAAUUCGUCGAGCUAUCGCCGUGGCAUUCACAAAACGCAUAUCUCAGCUUGUAGAGAACGACAAACUGGAAGCGAGUAAAGCCGCCGCCCAAGCUUUCGGUGUCAGUGGUGCGGAUCGUUUUAUCAAGAAUGUGGCGAUCGGGGAUGAGGGUCUUGAAGACGACCAAGUCGAUUUCAUCUACCGUCUCCAGAAGGAUCUGGUGCACCGCAACAAUGGCGCCGUUAUCCUGGCCGCUAUCAGUCAGAGGUUGUAUCAGAUGGAAAUCCUCGAGGAAGAGGCUUUUGAGCGGUGGUGGACAGAGUGCGAGGGGCUAGAGGACGAAGACGAGGGAAUGAAGAAGGUGAGGGAGAAGACUGCCGUUUUUAUCGAGUGGUUGCGGCAGGCCGAGAGUGAAAGUGAGAGUGGGGAAGAGGAUAGUGAUUAG